AUGAACACAGAUAGAAGAAUGGCCCCUGAAAAUGGCUCUUAUGUAACUGAAUUCGUUCUGAUGGGGUUAACAGACCAACCAGACCUCCAGCUCCCACUGUUCUUCCUGUUUCUAGUAAUGUACAUGGUCACUGUGUUAGGAAAUUUAGGCUUAAUAACUCUGAUUGGGUUGAAUUCACAUCUUCACACUCCCAUGUACUUUUUCCUCCUUAACUUGUCCUUCAUUGACCUUCAUUAUUCUUCUGUGUUUACACCCAAAAUGCUAAUGAACUACUUAUCACCGAAAAAUGUUAUCUCCUAUAGAGGGUGUAUGACCCAGUUCUACUUUUAUUGUUUUUUCAUUAUUUCUGAAAUCUAUAUGCUGACGUCAAUGGCUUAUGAUCGCUAUGCGGCCAUCUGUAACCCACUUCUCUAUAACACUGCCAUGUCCCCCAGAGUGUGUCUCAGCCUUAUGCUUGGCUCCUACCUGAUGGCAUUUUCUGGUGCCAUGGCCCACACGGGAUGCAUGCUGAGGCUGACAUUCUGUGACGCAAACACCAUCAACCACUAUUUCUGUGACAUCCUCCCUUUGCUUGAGCUCUCCUGCACCAGCACCUAUGUCAAUGAGUUGGUGAUAUUCAUUGUGGGGGGUAUUAACAUCAUUUUGCCCAGCAUCACCAUCUUUUUGUCUUAUGUGUUCAUCCUCUCUAGUAUAUUAAAAAUACGCUCCAUGGAGGGCAGGUCGAAAGCUUUCAGCACCUGUGGUUCUCACAUAAUUGCAGUUUCUCUGUUUUUUGGAUCAUGUGCAUUUAUGUAUCUGAAGCCGUCCUCUACUGGGUCUAUGAAUCAGGGAAAAAUCUCCUCUGUCUUUUACACCAACGUGGUUCCUAUGAUGAACCCUGUAAUCUAUAGCUUGAGGAACAAAGAUGUGAGAGUUGCUGUGAGAAAAUGUUUGGGCAGAAGAGAUUUUUGA